GCGCGCGGGGGGAGCGGAGGAGAGCUGAGGCAAUGCAGAGAAGGAGCGAGGGGGAACCCACAGAGAGUCGUCCUCCGAAAAGGAGAGCAACAGCUGCCAAGACAGAGACGGGCGCUUGUGACAUGGUGCUGAUUCGUUUCUGCCACCACCAGUACUGCGGGUUUGGUUUGAACAAGCUCAGCUAGCCAAGAGAGGAGAGGCAGAGAGAGAGAGGGAGAGAGAGAGAGAGAGAGGGAGGAAAAAAACGGACCAACCAAACAAAUCACGGAGGAGGCAGGCAGGUACUCAGUAGAGGACAGCCGGGGACGCUCACGCCGCUAUCAGAGAUGUCCCUGCUAUGUGUGGGAGUGAAGAAAGCCAAGCUGGAUGGACCCCAAGAGAAAUUCAACACCUACGUGACUCUGAAGGUACAAAAUGUGAAGAGCACAACCAUCGCUGUCAGGGGCAAUUUGCCCAGUUGGGAGCAAGAUUUCAUGUUUGAAAUUAACCGCUUGGACCUGGGUCUGACCGUAGAGGUGUGGAACAAAGGGUUAAUUUGGGACACCAUGGUCGGCACUGUGUGGAUACCCCUCCGCAGCAUCCGGCAGUCAAAUGAGGAAGGUCCAGGGGAGUGGCUCACUCUGGACUCUCAGGUCAUCAUGGCUGAUAACGAGAUCUGCGGCACGAAAGACCCCACGCUUCACCUGGUGCUGCUUGACACACGCUUCGAACUGCCCCUAGAUAUCCCUGAGGAUGAGGCACGAUACUGGGCCAAAAAACUGGAGCAACUCAAUGCCAUGAGGGACCAAGAUUACUCAUACCAGGAAGAGCAGGAACGCCCACUUCCUGUUCCAGGAACACAGUGCUGUAACUGGAGCCUGUGGGGAGACCAACAAAAUGAGGACCCUGACAGUGCUGUAGAUGACCGAGACAGUGACUACCGCAGUGAAACCAGUAACAGCAUCCCUCCUCCCUACUACACCACAUCCCAGCCCAAUGCCUCUGUCCACCAAUAUCCCAUCAGCCACCAGCACCGCAGCUCCAGAAGCUCCUCGUACCCACGCUCUGCCAACAGCCAUGACCUCGACUACCACCAUCAGAGGGCUGUCAGUCCCACGGGAAGCUAUGCAUCGUCUGCAGAGUUGAGUCGGUGCAGCAGUCAGCUGAGUGAGGAGGACUAUGGCGGUGAGUACGGAGAGCGGGACCCUUAUGAUGAGAAUGACUCCUAUCACUCUUGCCACUCUUCAGUUAGCUACAGCAAAGGAUCUCCAGACUGGGACCCUGAUGAGACCCAGGGGGCGUACAGUGAUGAGGGAGGCUACAGCAAGGAUGGAGGAGAAGAGGGGGCUCUGUACGAGGAGGAUGACGGAGGGCUGUAUGAGGGGGAAGAGGAAGGCCUUUAUGAAGAUGAGGAGAUGAUGUAUGAUGAUGAGGAUUUAUACAAUUUGGAUGGAACCCUCAGUGAAGACCUGGAGCCUCCAUACACUCCCACCCCAACGUCACCUGCUGCCCCACCUCUCGAUGUACCCAACUCCAGACCGCCCCUAGAGAAACAGCCCUCUCUCCACCAACAGCAGCCCCCUGCCCAGCCCCCUAACCAAGCCUCGAACCAGGCUCACCCUCCUGGCAUGGCCCCGGCUGCACAGCCCCCAACGGGUCAACCGACUGCCCAGCCACCAAAACAGCCUCAGCCUCAGCCUCAGCCUCAGCCAGCGCCAUCCGCAACUUCUUUCUUCUCAAUGGCUAAACCUCUAACAGCGGCCGUCACAGGCUUGGCUUCUACUUUCCUGUCUUCUGUACCCACUGCCCAACCCGCCCAGCCUCACCCUCCACCCUCAGCCGUGUCCCAACAACAACAGUCUGCUGCAUCCUCCGCUGUCCCUCCAUCCCACCCAGCCACCGUGGCACCCCCAGCGACCCAGCAGCCCCCCUCCAACAUGGCUCCUCCCUCUCAAGCCACUCCAUCCUCUGCCCCAUCUCAUGCCCAGUCCAGCGGUCCUGUCACAACACAGUUGACUACUGCUGAGGACCAGGGUCCCCACCUGGAAGAGGAGCACCGGCUAGAGGAGGACAUAAUGUUGGAAAGGGAGGCUAGGAUGCCCCCUGCCCAGCCAGAGGAAAACCUCCCUGUGGAAGAGAUGGAGGAGCGCAUUGAGGAAAGCCGGCCACCAACACCUGUGGACGAAAAGGAGAUGCUGCCUGAGAGCCCUGUGGUAAAAGAGGAACCCAAAGAGCCAGUGGAUCCAGCAGUCAGAGCCAAGGAGAACUGGCUAAGGCUCUACAACAAGGUCCUGGAGCAGCUUCGGGAGGCUCGAGGAGAGACUUCCAACUCACUGUGGUUUGGUAAAGGAGGAAUGGGAGGUGCACUCUACAGUAUUGACAGCAUGCCUGACCUUCGAAAGAGGAAAGCCAUCCCUCUAGUUAGAGAUCUGGCUAUGUCUCUAGUGCAGAACUCUCGUAAGGCUGGAAUCACCUCCGCCAUGGCUUCCACCACUCUUGGAAAUGAGGAGCUGAAGAGCCAUGUUUACAAAAAGACCCUUCAGGCUUUGAUCUACCCCAUCUCUUCUACCACGCCACACAACUUCGAGGUUUGGACGGCCACCACCCCUACCUAUUGCUAUGAGUGUGAGGGGCUGCUGUGGGGCAUCGCCCGCCAGGGUAUGCGCUGCUCUGAGUGUGGCGUCAAAUGCCAUGAAAAGUGCCAGGACCUGCUCAAUGCGGACUGUCUGCAGAGGGCUGCGGAGAAGAGCUCCAAGCAUGGAGCGGAGGACCGGACCCAGAACAUCAUCAUGGUCCUGAAGGACCGCAUGAAGAUCCGAGAGAGGAACAAGCCAGAGAUCUUUGAGCUAAUACAGGAAGUGUUUGCCCUUGACAAAUCAACGCAUGCAACACACAUGAAGCAGAUCAAACAGAGCGUCCUUGAUGGGACCUCCAAAUGGUCGGCAAAGAUCAGUAUCACUGUGGUGUGUGCCCAGGGCCUGCAGGCUAAAGACAAAACAGGCUCCAGUGACCCAUAUGUCACUGUUCAAGUGGGAAAGACCAAGAAGAGGACCAAGACCAUCUAUGGCAACCUCAACCCUGUCUGGGAGGAGAACUUUCACUUUGAAUGCCACAACUCCUCUGAUCGCAUUAAGGUGCGUGUUUGGGAUGAGGAUGAUGACAUCAAGUCCCGCGUGAAACAGAGGUUCAAACGGGAGAGUGACGACUUCCUGGGUCAAACCAUCAUCGAGGUCCGCACACUCAGUGGGGAGAUGGACGUUUGGUACAACCUGGACAAGCGAACAGAUAAGUCUGCGGUGUCAGGGGCAAUUCGAAUGCACAUAAGUGUGGAGAUCAAAGGAGAAGAGACCGUGGCUCCCUACCAUGUUCAGUACACCUGUCUACAUGAGCACCUGUUCCAGUACACUACAGAAGAGCAAAAUGGUGGCGUAGUGAAGAUCCCGGAUGCCAAAGGGGAUGACGCAUGGAAAGUGUAUUUUGAGGAGACGGCUCAGGAGAUAGUGGAUGAGUUUGCCAUGCGUUAUGGAGUGGAGUCGAUCUACCAGGCUAUGACCCACUUUGCCUGCUUGUCAUCAAAGUACAUGUGCCCAGGCGUGCCUGCAGUGAUGAGCACCCUGCUGGCCAACAUCAACGCCUACUACGCCCACACCACCCAGUCCUCCAACAAUGUUUCUGCCUCAGACAGAUUUGCUGCUUCCAAUUUUGGUAAGGAGAGGUUUGUGAAACUGCUGGAUCAGCUGCACAAUUCCCUACGGAUUGACCUGUCCAUGUACCGGAAUAAUUUCCCAGCUAGUAGUCCUGAGAGGCUGCAGGACCUCAAGUCUACUGUAGACCUCCUGACCAGCAUCACUUUCUUCAGGAUGAAGGUCCAGGAGCUGCAGAGUCCCCCCAGGGCGAGCCAGGUGGUGAAGGACUGUGUAAAAGCCUGCCUCAACUCCACCUAUGAGUACAUCUUCAACAACUGCCACGAUCUGUACAACCGGGAAUACCAGACAGACCCUUCAAAGGCAGUUCCUCCGGAUGAGCAGGGUCCCAGCAUCAAGAACCUGGACUUCUGGUCCAAACUCAUCACCCUCAUUGUCUCCAUCAUAGAGGAGGACAAGAACUCCUACACCCCUUGCCUUAACCAGUUUCCCCAGGAACUGAAUGUGGGCAAGAUCAGCGCUGAGGUCAUGUGGAAUAUGUUUGCACAAGAUAUGAAAUAUGCCAUGGAGGAGCAUGAGAAGCACCGCCUGUGUAAAAGCGCAGAUUAUAUGAACUUGCACUUCAAAGUGAAGUGGUUGUACAACGAGUACUGCAAAGAGCUGCCCACUUUCCAGAAACAUGUACCUGAGUACCCUGCCUGGUUCGAGCCAUUUGUUAUCAUGUGGUUAGACGAAAAUGAGGAAGUGUCCAGAGAUUUCCUCCAUGGUGCCCUAGAGAGGGACAAAAAAGACGGGUUCCAGGUUACAUCAGAGCAUGCUUUGUUCUCCUGCUCAGUGGUGGACGUGUUCUCUCAGCUCAACCAGAGCUUUGAAAUCAUCCGCAAGCUGGAGUGUCCUGAUCCCCAGAUCGUUGGUAACUACAUGAAGAGAUUCGCCAAGACGAUUGGCAAUGUCCUGCUGUCUUAUGCUGACAUCAUAGCAAAGGACUUUCCAAAUCAUGUCAACAAGGAGAAAGUGCCAUGUAUCAUCAUCAAUAACAUCCAGCAGCUCAGAGUUCAGUUGGAGAAGAUGUUUGAGGCCAUGGGUGGCAAAGAUGUAAGUCCACCAUCCUAUCAUUCUGUAUAUUUAUUCAUAAUUUUUGUUUGUGUCAUAAGGCACCCACCCUCAUCACAUCUCCUCCUCCUCUUCCAGUUGAAUGUGGAGGCUAGCGACUUCCUCAAAGAGCUGCAGAACAAACUCAAUAACGUCAUGGACGACCUCAGCCACAUCUUUGCUGUCAGUUUCCAGCCCCAGAUCGAGGACAACGUGAGGCAGAUGGGGGACAUCCUAGCUCAGGUCAAAGGUCAGACUGUGCCAGCCAACGGCAGCGUGGUCCAGGAGGCUGACAACGUCCUUCAACCCAUCAUGGACUUCUUAGACAGCAACCUGUCGCUGUUUGCUAAGAUCUGUGAGAAGACGGUUCUGAAGAGAGUGUUGAAGGAGUUGUGGAAACUGGUGAUGAACACCAUGGAGAAGACCGUUGUGCUUCCAACACUCACUGACCAGACUGGAACUCAGAUGAUCUUCAACGCUGCUAAGGAGUUGGGCCAGCUUUCCAAGCUCAAGGAGCACAUGGGGCGGGAAGAGGCCAAAGCUCUGACGCCUAAACAGUGUGCAGUGAUAGAACUGGCACUGGACACUAUUAAGCAAUACUUCCAUGCCGGUGGUGUGGGCCUGAAGAAAACAUUCCUGGAGAAAAGUCCAGACCUGCAGUCUCUGCGCUACGCCCUGUCUCUCUACACACAGGCGACUGACAAGCUCAUCAGGAAGUUUGUCCUCUCACAGAACGCUCAGGUCCACGGAGGGAAAGGGAUCAGGUAUACACCAAAUGAAGACACACCACCAGAGAAAGCUUCUGGAGUGGAUUCGGUUGGAGAUGUUGUCAUGCACGUGGACAUCUUACCUCAACCCAACGGAGAACACAAGAUUAAUGUCAAAGUGGUGGCCGCUAAUGAGCUGAAGUGGAAGGCGCAGGGUUUCCGCCCCUUCGUCGAGGUCUACAUCAUCGGCCCUCACCUCAGCGACAAGAAGAGGAAAUUUGCCACCAAGUCCAAGAACAACAGCUGGUCACCCAAAUUCAAUGAGAGCUUCCAGUACUCCCUGGGCACGGAGGUGGGUCCGGAGAGCUAUGAACUGCAGGUUUGCGUGAAGGACUAUUGCUUUGCCCGGGAGGAUCGCACGGUGGGCAUGGGCGUGCUGCAGGUGAAGGACAUAGCCAGUAAGGGCAGUGUCACCUGCUGGCUGCCUCUAGGCAAGCGCGUCCACAUGGAUGAGACGGGCCUGACGGUCCUGCGCAUCCUCUCUCAGCGCAACAACGACGACGUGGCAAAGGAGUUCGUCAAGCUCAAGUCUGACCAGCGCUCGGCCGAGGAGGGUCGCAGCUGAGGGAGACGGAGAGACCAAGGACACACACGUGCACAAACACACAAGAGACAUAACCUGAUAGACAUAGUAUUCUGUACACUCACAUAUAUUAGUACUCACAGUUACACAGAUAGACCACCAUGUGCAAUACACAAGCACACAAAAUGCUAUGUUCUACAUAUAUCUGCAUACAUUAUGCAACAUUAACACUGCAAUAUUCUCAAAUGCAAACAUGGAGAAAUACGUUUCUGAGCAUUCAUAUCUAAUUUUGGAAACUGAAACAGCCCCCACCACCCCUCAAAACACCUGGCUUAGUGUUAGCCACACAUUAGCAAGCACUUGUCAAUCACCCACUCAAGCUUUCCUUUAACAUAUCACACCUUUUUAUAUGCUGUACAUUUGAGACCUAGAUGUGAUAUAAUGAAAAGCAGAGCAACAAUGAACCAUGUUAAUAGUUUGAGAAAGACCACUUUGCACUUUGGCUUCCUUUUCUCUUCAGGAGAGCAGACCUCGCCUAGCUAUGCUCUAUCUGUCCGUCUAUCUGUCUGCCUGCCUGCCUGACUGUGUGUCGUUCUUUCAGUCCGUCGCUCUUUCUCUCCCCUUGUCGUUUUGCUCAGCUUAGUCUUCCCACAGUGUGAUGUGUCGUGUAAGUUGGAGUUCAGACAUUGAUCUAAGAUCAGAAGAAUCACAGCCCUGAACUUAGAUCAGUGUCUAGGGGUGUUACCCCCACUAGUCUGUCCUGUAAUGUACUACUUCCUGCAUGUUGACCCCAGGAACACUGUGAAUGACCUGCUGUUACCAUGGCAACAAAUGUGCAGAAUCCCCCACGCACCCCAGCUCCCUCCUCCCAUAAAAAUGGGUGCAUCCAAUAGACACCUUAUACCUGUGUGAGCAUGGCGCAUAUAACCCUGGUACAGUAACGUUUUAUAAUGAUGACCUAAGCUUCAUCACCACAGAGAAAACACAGGCAACAGAAAAAUGUUUUGAGAUGUGAUCGUUAAGAGGCAAAUGUUAUGGCCAUAAUGUACAUAGACACUUUUGGUGGAUUUUUUUUUUAAACUUAACUCUCUUGCUUCACAUCACUACAAAGGAGCAAUACCCCAGUGUGUAACACACCAAGGCAUCUUGUAUGUUCCCCUAGAGUGCACAUUUACUCCAAAAAGGGCUACAGGAUCAGAGGACUUGGAUGUCAAUUUAUGUGCUAAGAAAUACUGUCCAUGCUUGUACUGGCAAAUCAUUCGCAAGGUUUGCCCAUGUGUCACGUAGACGCGCCAUGACACUUUGGAGGGACUCCACAUAAAUCCACACAGUUGCGUUGUCCGUGAGAGAAGUUUGGUCGGUUGUCUGCCCUGCUCUCAACAUCCAUCUUCAAGACUGCACCUGUGGACGCCCGAGGACGUUCGUCAACAAGCAACGCUGACGUGCAACCGAACAGCGGCUCCCUGGAACACCUGUCCCUCCAAAGGCCUGCACACUUCCCAUGUUUAAAUCCAUCCCAUUAGGCCAUAGCGGUUCGUUUGUACCUUCACUCACACUCUUGGCUUUUAUGAAGAACAAACCCACUGUCCACACUGUUGUCUUUUGUUGUUGUGUGUGUGUCUGUGUGUCUGUGUGUUUGUGUGCGAGUGUGUGUGAGUGUGUGUGUGUGUGUGUGUGUGUGUGGAGGCUGAAUCUCAUAUGGCACCUGCGACCUGAGAUUGUGAGCAAUAUGUUGUACUCCACACACCCAAAAUGAAUGCGCUGCCUAUACACAAGUACCAACUGCAAUACCCAGAUCCAAGGAAUGGGAAUAGUCUUUUGAUUGCUUUUUUUCCCCCUUUUUGAUCACUUUGAAUUUUCUUUUAUGGACUCAGAAAAUUCCCUUUCCUAUAGGAAGUGUGUUUUUUCCCAGAAGUACGGGAAAUAUUUUGGAAUACUGGAAAACGGAAAAGAAAAGGGUUUUGUCCUUGAAUUACUGUUUGCCUUGAGUAGGACCAAAUUUGCACGGACCAGAGCUUAUGUGUUGUUGUUGUUUUUUCUUUUUUUUUUUUCAAAGAAUGAAGCCAUCAAAGUCACCGCCAAGCAUUUAAUAGUAUUCUGGCAUCUUAAUUAAAGACUUGUCAGGCGCAGUGCUCAACCCCUUAACUCUUCACUACAACAAAGUGAGCAAACACAAACACUUUUCCUAGUUUGUCUCAUUUCUGCUCCAGAAACUUAGGUUUAUGAUGCAAACGACAGGUGUAGUAUAAAGCAACGCAGUAUGAACAAACCCUGUAGACGUUUGUGCUGUCGCUGUGGGGAGCGACAUGACGAGACAGUGCCACACAGUGAUAAAACACUGCACACUUGUCACAUUUUGUGCCCAUAGCCUCACUGGACACUGCUGAAUUCUACCAAAAACUAGCCUUGUGAAUGUUAUUUAAUCUCACCACAGCCUUCUCUCUUUGAUCAAAAGGGACAGUUCAAUCGAAAACCACGACUGACUCGGUGAUACCAACUCAUGCCUUUUAUCUAGGCCUCCAAAUUUCACUCGACAUGAACCGUAAAGGGACUGUACUUCCGAAUUAUGCUUGACUUUUGGGUGACCUAGCCCUUUAACUGGACGUGAAUUUGUAAACGCUGGCUUGUUCUCCCAUCUUAAAGCAAACUGUCCCGGUGAGUGCCACUGAUUUGAGGACACACCACAACACAGAGUUGAGAGUAAUCCCACAUAGCCCAAGACAAAACUUGACAUGUUAGGCUGUAACUGAGAAAACAAACAACAACAACAACAACAAACAAGGCAUAUAUAUAUUUAUCAUGCAGAAUGGGGCUCUUUGGUUGCCUGCUUCAUGUAUGUAUGCAUACAAACUCUACUGCACACAAACAACUGAUCACACACACACACACACAUGCACGCAUACACACCAAUCUAUGCUCAAGCACAAAAGGGCACAUGUAAGAUGACACACAUGCAUGCAUGCACGCUGACACAUCUCAAUGGAGGCCAAUGAUGCCCACGCUGUGAAUAGAAUCAAAUAACAAAUUGCAUGAUGGGAAACUAUUGUGCCAGCACGUGUCUCUUUGAUGUUUCUUGCCAACAUUUUCGUUUCCUUGGUUUUAAUUUCAAAACCAGUGUAUUAGUAAAAUCACCUUGUUUUUUUUCCCCCUCUCUCCCAAAAGGCUUGUGAAUACAUCUGUAACCAAUAUGAAUGUAGUGUGAACACAGAAUUCGCAUGAGAGAAUUAUUUUCUACUGAGGAUGUUUCUAAUUUGUUUCUUAUCAUUAUUGAUUGUUCUUUAAUGAGGAUGAAGUGGAACUGGAAUGCAGCCUGAUUGUGAUCUGCUUCCUAUUAAAAGGACAUUUGUGUCACAA